GGAAAAUAUAACUAUGGAAUUAAAUUCAAAAGAAGAUGAUCAAUUAAAUAAGAGUAAUUUGACAGAUUAUAUGCAAUAUGAUGAUGAGAUCUAUCGUGAACUUGUACUUGUCUUAUGGAAACAUCAGCUGAGUGCGUUUUUGUAAAUUUUUCGCAUAUUGCAAAAAAAAAAAUAUAAUCAAUAACUUCUGUUCAAUGUAUAUCUAUAUUUCAGAUAUGUUUGUUUCUUGGAUUCUUCGUUCACAUCGUAUUCGUUUAAUUUAACAUUUAUUACAACCACCAUGACAAGUUUUCUCGGAAUUCAAAUACUUUUUUUAUUAAAUCAUAGUAAAGAAGAUAUGAUCAGAUAUGUAGCAAUGUUUAUAGGUACUUUCUUACAUCUUUUUGUUUUAAACUAUCCUGGUCAAAGAAUAAUCGAUCAUAGUUCAGUACUAUUUCACAAAGCAUAUAACGUGCUAUGGUAUAAUAUGUCACGGAGAUCGACGCGGCUAUUGAGUAUAUUACUUUAUAGAUGUUACGUACCUUGUACAUUAACAGCCGGCAAAAUUUUUGUGCUAUCAUUGACUAAUUAUGCUUCGAUGGUGCAAGCUUGUAUGUCUUAUUUCACCGCUUUUUCGUCGUUCAACUAAUUCGCGGCGAAAUAUUGGAUUAUUGGAUAGUAAAAUUAGCGAUUCAACGUAAUUUUCCUUUAUUGAUGUAUAAUAAAG